AUGAGGCCCGGGCUCCUUGACCAACUCUCUUCGCAAAGCCACGAAGAGCUCGGCCUGGGAACUGAUGCACCUGAUGGCCGACGCGGCGGUAGAGGACAUGAGACAGCGCUGCCUUGCGUGAUGCUCCAGCUGCAGGAGUGCCAGGCACAGUCUCUUGAGACUCAGCCUUCGGGUCUGUGUGGUUGGCCUUUCGCUUUGGCCUUGUGCUCCUCCACAAGGUCAGAACAUGCUGAGCGCUGGCUCGUACCUCUAUUCAUCUUGGAGAAGGAGGACUUGCCGGCCGGCCUGUGGAACGUCAAAGCUCCACACCAAGAGCAGAACGCAGAGCACGAAGGUUCUUGCGGCGGAUCCCACCUUUGCCCAUUCGCCAUCGCCUUGGCAGGACUCGAGUGGCGACCAAGCUCCCGGCUCUGCUGA